UUUUCUUUUAUUUAAACACUACACAAAUAUGUAUUUGUAUAUAAAUGUUUCACUCUAAAAUAUCUAACAUGGCUUGCCACCUUUUAUAUUCUAAUCAAAGAGUGUUGAUAGGUCAGUUAUUCAAAGUCUCUUGAAUAAAGAGUUCAAAAAUAGUACAAAAUGUAACUGUAUACUAUUAAUAAUAUUUUACUCAACUGAUCCUGCCGUGGUCAUCUUCCUUUAUUUACAGUAUUUAUAUUCCGCCCUUCUUUCUCACCCCGAAGGGGACUCAGGGCGGAUUACAAUGAACACAUAUAUGGCAAACAUUCAAUGCCAACAGACAAACAACAUUCAGUUUUAGACAGACACAGAGGCAUUUUUUAACAUCUUUCCAGCUUCACGAUUUCCGGCCACAGGGGGAGCUGUUGCUUCACCGUCCAUUGGUGGCUGUUCUUCCUCUUCUUUUCCUCGUGAGCAGUUUUAUGGUGUUGUAGAUUAGUUAAAUUAGCCUCCCGCAUAAAGCGUCCCUAAAUUUUCCCUACUUGACAGAUGCAACUGUCUUUCGGGGCUGCUAGGUCAACAGCAAGCCGGGGCUAUUUUUUUUUUUUUAUGGUCGGAGGCUUAACCCGACCCGGGCUUCGGACUCAUGGCCUCUCGGUCAGUAGUGAUUUAUAGCAGCUGGUUACUACCCAGCUGCGCCACAGCCCGGCCCCUUUGCUUCUUUGUGAAUUCAAUGAAGGGCUUCCAUUCUUCUUGGAAGUUUCUGUGUAUUUGUUUGUUGUGCAGCUGAAGUUAGUUUGUCCUUUUUGGCCAUUUCGAAACCUUUUGUCGUCCAGUUUUCUGGUGUUGGCAUGUCUUGUUGUUUCCAUAGUUUUGCGUAUUCAGUUCUUGCUUCUGUUGUCAUAUAAAGAAAGAGUCUUUCUUGAUGUUUCCCAGUAGAAAAAGUUCUGGUCUUAAUGGGAUUUUGUACUCUAGAAUAGUUUCCAUGUCUCUGUGGAUUUUUAUUCAGAAUUCGUUAGCUUUUGGACAAGUCCCAACAUAUCAUAUAUCUCUGUGCGUGUGUGUGUGUUUGAGAGUUUUUCUGGAGUUAUGUACCAUCUAUGUAUCAUUUUGUAGAAAUUUUAUUUAAUUGUGUGACUCCUUGUAAAUUUUAGUCAUUUUUACCAGAGUUCUUCCCAUUCUCAUGGACUUAUUGCCCAGCCUAGACUUUUCACCCACUGACUCAUAGGUUCUUUUAUUUCUCCAUCAAUUGUAAAAUCUUUCAGAAGAAAUUGAUGCAGCUUCCCAGUUGGCUUGUUUUUUUGUCUGUAGCAGUUGGUUCCGAUGAUUCUCCGAUUCUUGUCUACCCAUUUUGUUGUCUAGACGGAGUCUCUGUUGGAGUCAGUUAUAUAAUGAAACCAUGUCAUUGUUGAGUCUUCUUUAUGUUUAUUUAUUACAAACGAACAAAAUUACAAUAUUACAACAUUUCUACCCCGCCCUUCUCACCCAUCAAGGGGACUCAGGGUGGCUUACAGCAUAAAAAACAUAUAUCAAAUAAUUACAGUCACAUUUCAAAAUUCCAUUUAAAUUAAGUUACAUUCAGACCUUCAUAAAUGUACAUUUAAAUAAAAAUUCAAGGUGCAUUUCAAGUACAAACCGGGUCUGUCAUUAUACCUUGGAUCAUAUAGUUGCCAUUUCUGCUGCUACUAUUGCUCAAAAGCCUGGUCCCACAACCUUUCUGCCUUUCUUUCACAGAGGAAAUGUGAUUUUUGGCUGAGAAUUUCGGAGUAGAGCCUGUGGAGGGAUUUCUUUCCCUUGAAAGAAAGAAGAGGAGGAAAAGCAUCUUGGAUACGGUUGGGUUCUUCACCAGGGUGGUUCCAACAUGGAGAGACCCAACUCACAUGGACCUGAAGCAGGACCUGGGGGCAGUGGGGAAUCCUGGAAAAGACAUGAGUCCCUGAGUGUGGACCUUGACAGCUCGGACACACAGCGCCAGCGCUUCAGGCAGUCCUCCUACCAAGAGGGUGAAGGACCCAGAGGGGUUUGCAGUCGUCUCCACGAUCUGUGCCGCCAGUGGCUGAAGCCAGAGCAGCACACCAAGGCCGAGGUGCUGGACCUGGUGACCCUGGAGCAGUUCCUGAGCAUCCUGCCCCCAGAAAUGGGGAGCUGGGUCCGAGAGUGUGGGGCAGAGACCUGUUCCCAGGCGGUGGCCCUGGCGGAAGGCUUCCUCCUGAGUCGGGCCGAGGACAAGGAGCAGGAAGGACAGGCCCAUAAUAAUAACUCCAUGGAAGUCCCUGCACCAGAGGAAUCUCCACCAGACACCAGCCAGAGUCUCAGGCAGAAGGAGCUGAAGCGGGAAGGAGACGGGGCUGCCGCCUUGCAGGGUGAGAAGGAACUCUUCUGGGAGUUUUGGGGUUUUGUGCCAGUGGAAAUCCCGCUUUGGGGGGAUGAGUGCACACCCACAGUUGGAGCUUCAGAAGGUGAACAUGCCGGAUCAUUUGGCCUUGAGAUGGGUAUAUAUCUUAAACUCAUGUCUUUUCUGUGAUGUUUUAUGUACUUUAAUAUGUAUUUUAUAGAAAGGCAGUUUUAAUGUGGAUCUUUUAUAGAAAUAUGUAUCUUUGUUGAAUUUUGACAAAGGUUGUGUUUUUAAAAUUUUGUGGUAACCUGCCUGGAACUGCAAGAAGAGGCGAGUAAAAAAAUAAAAUAAUAAUAAUAAUAAUAAAAAUAAAAUAAAUUGUUAUAUGUAGGCAUAGGGUUGCUAGAGGUGUCAUUUCAGUUUGAUUUGCAGUUUUCUUUCUUGCAAUAGGACUGACAAUGCAGCCCUUCAGUGUCUUCCCAGGUGGGACCCUAAGCUGAGCUGAGCCCUGAAACUGAGCUGGAAGACAAACAGCAAAGAAUCACUUUUGUCAAUUGAAACACAAAGCCCAGUGCUAGUUUCACUCAAACACAGCCCUGCUUGCGAGAUAAAGUCCUAAACCCUCA